AUGUCCGCUUCGUCACCCUCAGCGGGUACGCUUGAUGAGCAGUUCAACUCAACCGACGCCGAUAUCUCCCUACGCUCAUCGGACGGCGUGAUAUUUGCCGUCCAUAGCUUCAUCCUCCGUUGGAUCUCGCCUUUCUUCGCAGACAUGCUCUCGCUGCCUCAGACGUCGGACAGUGCCGGCGAUCAGCGUCCAGUCAUAGACAUGUCUGAAGACUCGGCCUCGAUACGUACUCUGCUACGUUUCAGCUACCCUCACACGUUCUGUGCGGACCCCGAGCUCGAAAAAGUGGCCGAUAUCAAGCGUGCCGCGGUUAUCGCUCGCAAGUUCGACUGCCAAGCAUUGCUCGAGGCCGUCGAGAGCGCCAUCAUACGCCUGUCCAAGUCGGAAUCAGAGACGGCCUACGCACUCGCAUGGAGGUUUGAGUUCCCGGGAGCCCUGCGCGCAGCCGCGCGCGCGAGCGUCCAUCACCGAUUGUUCAUCGAUGAUGGGCGCGAGGUCCCCGAGUUUGAUGAGCUGCCCGCGAGGGCGCUUGUUUUGCUGGGACGAUACCGCACUUCUUUCUACGACGCGACACUACGCCUCGAUCAAGAGAUCUAUCCGCAUCCCACCUGGAUCGCCAAACACCAUGCCACUGGGUGUCGUGAGCUACAGCUCGAUGUCGUCAACGGUAUCCCGGUCGCGGAUGGCAUUGACUUUGACAAGUGCACAUGCGAAAAAUCGGUGGCACCUGAUCUAGAGCGCACAAUCGUUCACGCGGUUCUUAAGGCGGUUCAUACGGCGAGGAAGGAGGCGCGCGGCUGCCCUCGGUGUUGUGCGAUAGUGGAUCACGACGAUCUGUUCACUAGGACAGCUCGACUUCUCCAAGAAGAGAUCGAGCGGCAGCUGGACAAGGUUGUUUUGCAACCCCCGUUCUAA